AUGCGUUCGGUGAGGAUUGCGCAGAUCGGGCGUGUUCGUCAAGCCCGUUUGGCCUCCUCGUUGCCCCGGAAGUCCUUGAACGGCAUCGGGGCGCGAGAAAUUGCGUAUCCUUUGGCCAAUCCAAAGCAACAAGUCCGAAGUUUGGACAAGGCUUUUGAUAGAAUCAAGUCUGGUGAUCACAUUUUCGUCCAUGGUAUUGCGGUAACGCCCACAUACUUGUUGGAAGGGCUCAGUGAAGCGGCCAAGGCCAAGGAUUUGAAGAAGAUUACCCUCCAUCAUCUCCAUCUCGAAGGCCCAACCCCUUGGACGGCGCCGGAUGUUAAGAGCAAGUGUUUUUGAUUAUUUCGUUUGUUUUUCUUUAGGUUGAACGGAAAAGUAACGAAAGAAACAGCGGGUUCUUAUCUGUGAUGUACCAGAUGGUGUCUAGGCUGAAAAUUCUGACAAGGUUAAUGAACUUUGGUGAUGAACGCACUUCAUCACGUUUUUUUUAUGAUUUUGAGCUGAUAGUUGAAGGAAAAUUUCUUUGAUUUCAAGACCUUUUAUAUCGAAAUUUUCGUCUGAUGCCUAGUGGAAGAGAUAAUUGACACAAAGGCGAAAAGUUACCCUAAUUUUGACCUUUUCAGAUAGAAUUCGGUCGAACUCGCUCUUCACCGGUCACAAUCUUCGUCAUGCGGUCAAUGAUGGCACUGCCGACUUCAACUCCAUCUUCCUUCACGAGAUCCCUCUACUUUUUCGUCGGGGCCAAGUUAAGCUUGCCGCAGCGCUAGUCCAGGUUUCUCCACCCGAUGCCAAAGGAUUCUGCUCCCUCGGAACCAGUGUUGACGCCGCCCGGGCUGCUUGUUGUCAUGCUGACAUCAUUAUUGCCGUCUCCAAUAAGUACGUUCCCCGCACUUUUGGCGAUGGCGUCAUCCACUCGUCGCAUUUUGAUGUGCUGGUCGAACAUGACACUCCAUUGCAUCAGAGAACGAUUGGAGAGAGCGGAGAGAUUGAUCAAAAAAUCGGGCAGAUCAUUGCCGAAAAUUUGGUUGAGGAUGGAGCCACUUUGCAGAUGGGUAAGAUAUUAUUUGAAGCCUUGUGCAUGCUGUGUUGAAUUUUUAGGUAUUGGUGCCAUCCCUGAUGCUGCUCUGGCCGCCUUGAAAAACCAUAAAGACCUGGGUAUUCACACCGAAAUGUGCUCGGACGGUUUGCUGCCUUUGAUCGAGUGUAAUGCCGUUACGAACGGCAAGAAAUACCAUCAUCCCGGUAAAACAGUCACCAGUUUUGCGUAUGGAACUCAGAAACUCUACGAUUUCCUCGAUGACAACACCUCCGUCCACUUUGGAGAUGUCCAAUGGGUUAAUGACCCGUCAAUUGUCAGACAAAAUCCCAAAGUUUGUGCCAUCAACUCGGCUGUGGAAGUCGAUCUGACUGGUCAGGUAAGACUUAAAUCACAUAAAAGUCAUGGUUUUGCGUCAAAUUUUUGCUUAGAAAAUGAAUUCUUAUCGCUUUUAUAUACGCGAUGACUAGCUGGUCAUGGAUAAUGUAAAAAUUCCAAUGAAAACAGAUAUUUUUUUGAUGGAGUAGUCAGUGGAUGUAAUUUCAGGUUGUCGCAGACUCCGUUGGUAAACGAUUCCUCUCCGGUUUCGGUGGGCAAGUCGACUUUAUCAGAGGCGCAGCUCUGGGUGAUGAUGGAGAAGGUCGGCCGAUCAUUGCUCUCCCAUCAGCCGCCAAAAAGGGUCAAUCCAAGAUUGUCCCGACAAUUAAUGAGGUAUGCUUACUGUUUACAGUGAUUUGAAGUUAAUCCUAGUCGAUUAAAACUGUAUAAUAUCGAUAUUAUCCAUGAUCUUACCGAAAUUAUUGAUAACACCGAAAUUUUUGAUAAUUCCCCUUAUCUUCAGGGAGCUGGAGUUGUGACAUCCCGUUCCCAUGUCCAUUACGUUGUCACUGAAUACGGUAUUGCUCAAUUGUGGGGCAAGAACAUGAGACAACGCGCUUAUGAACUGAUCAAAAUUGCCCAUCCCGACAACCGAGAGGCCCUCGAAAAGGCGGCCUUCGAACGUCUGAAGGUCAUCCCCACUGCGGAUUAG